CUGGGCAGAUUGGCCACCGCCAAUCACAUUUUCCUCGCUCGCUCGUUCGCAUUCGACAAAUUGUUCGCGCUGAGGAAAGUUGGAGCUGUGGCAGCAGCAGCAGCAGUGAAAAGGGGGAGGUGCACAAACAUCGACAAAUCCGUUUAUUUUUCUUCCGUUUUGUUCUUGUGCCAUUUCUCGACUCGGCUCGGUUUCACGUGACAAGGUGCGUGUGUUUCGUUGCCAGGGCGGUUCAACACUCAACUCGAAGAAAAGAAAUCGGCCACCAACCUUCCCGUGCCCGUGCUCCGAACAACUGCUGUCUCUUGUUUCGGUAGCUGCGUGUGAACAGAAAAUCAAUACCGCCCGCAGAACCGGCGUUGCUGUUCGGUGAGAAGCUGGUUGGGACAACAGGCGGCUACGAUAGCCAUCCCCACGGGUCUCCCCAGUUCUCCAAUCGAAUCGCCUCUUGUCGGGAUGGCACAGCUUGGUCGGGCAGUAAAGAAUUUGGAGCCACCGCGUCCACUGAAGUCUACCAUAAAGCAGUCGCAACACGGCCACGUGCCGGUUUACGAGGUUCAAUCAAUCGAAGAACUGAUCACACUGACUGAGAACGUGGCCGCCAGUUUGAAUAACGGCUGCAACAAUGCGGACGGCAUGAAUGCCCUGCUGGCUAACCUGCGACUCUACGGACCCCAGCUGGAAAAUGUCUCCAAGGAUACACUGGAUCGGGCGUUCGUCAUCUUUCGCAACGCGUCCCAGGACGAACGGCUCAACAUUAUGACCCGGCUGAAUCUGCUGGAAUUGAUCGAGCUACGGGCCAAGUCGUGGCAAGUGUCGGAUGGUAUUAACACUUACUACAAGCACAAGGCGACUAACGUGGAGCCCGACGCCAUUGGCGAUUCAUCGUUGUUAAGCACCUCCCCUCCUGGAUUGUCUCUCGGACAACAGAUGAUCCCGUCGUUGUCUCCCGGUGAGCUGAUUCGUGCCUCGGGCAAGUUCUCGAAACCGACGAAAAUACCGGGCAAGACGUACUGCAAGGACGAGAUUGUCAUACGCAACGCUGAUUCUGGAAAAGUAAUGGGAAUCAAGGGACGUAGAGUUCACAUGAUUGAGGAAUUGAGCGAAACUGUUAUAUCGUUCCAAAGAGUAAAUCCAGGUGCUAAGGAACGUCUUGUACAGAUUACGGGCCCCAACGAAGAGAAAAUCAACUACGCGAAGCAAUUAAUCGAAGACACAAUCCGUCGCAAUGCAUCACCGGUGCGACUGGAAACGUCCCAGGAUGGAUCGUGCAGCUCACUGGCUUCAUCCGCUUCGGAUGAGAUGCUUCCCAGGCGACCACUGUCGGACGGUCCCAGUUCAAUGUCCAGCAACCCGGCUUCACAUCGUGGUGCUGCAAUGGUGGCCACAGGCCAGCAACAAGCGGGGCCGCAGGCCGGUAUUGGAUUGAAUCUUAAUUUAAGCGGCGCUAGCAACAAUGGCAACAUGUAUCAAACACAGCAAGGGUCGCAAUACACUCACGCGAAGUUGACUCGAAAUGGAUCCCAGAACAAUGGACAACAGCAGGCCGGAAUAUUGCUGCAUAGUUUAUCCACUAACGAUGCCUCACUGGGUGAAUACAAGUAUACGGUUAAUGUUGGCAGACAUAAUGUCAAAAUUACUGGAGAUUGUUUCGAUUUAGUGAGGGUCGCCAAGUUGGUGUUGGAUGACUAUUUCAGCAGUAAUGAAUUUUUGGCUGCCGUCGAAAUGGGCUCCAGCUUCGAUGUGCCUGGGUCGCUGGCUUCCCCGGUGACACCGAUGGCGGGACAGCAUCCACUGAUAACUGGUUCGCCGUUUGUAGACAGUGGUGUGGGUCUGGACGCUAUGGCAAUGGGAGGCAACUGCAUUGAGGUGGACGACGAUGUGUUUAUUGUGGAACCACCGACACUGACCGGCAGCAGUGGCCUGAAAUCGGGCGACAGCUCCAGCUCGUCAAACUCGACGCUGGUUAGCGCGUCGGCGCCGGUGAACAACGGGCUCAGCCGAUCGCGGAGAAGCCAUUUCUCCCGCAAGGACAGCGCACCGGAUGGCAUUAAGGAUGGUGCUGGCGGCGUGGGCACGCCAGCUUCAACGAAUGACGAUUCUAGUCCAGUGAGAAUCGUCCAUGAAUACGAACGCUUGAUCUACUACUCCAAAUCUCCCCACUCAUGGGCUCUGCCACGUGAUUGGCUGAAGAUCUGCGAUAAACUACCGUAUCUAGUACGAAACAAGGACCUCGACGACGACAAGAACCGCUUCAAUGGUGACGCAUUCUUGGUACUGAGAAAGCAAACCACUGCAGAGGGUGGUUUAGAACAGAACGCGGAUUCGGCGGAUCGAAACGCUGGCGAAGGUGACAUGGCGUCCGCGACGACGACGACAACAACAACAACACCAACAACGACGACGAUUGGGGCGAGUGAAACUGAUAACAUCACUACCAGUGGAACCGCCGUCGAAUCGUCGAAGCAGUAAAAGCUUGCGCUUUCCUCAGGCGAGACAGUGAAAGUGACUGUACGUUCUCGAAUUGGCUAAUGAUGGCACCUCCAAUGUACUCUCCAAUUUAACCAACAAUAUCAAACAUUGGAGGUUCGUAGUAUGUACUUCAAAAGAUAGGAAACCUAUACAUAAUUGGCCUACAAUUAACUAAUCUUCCGUAUUAUAAACUGAAACCUUAGGUUAGUCACGUCUCGCAAACCAAAAUUUCUUUCUCUGCUUGUCUAUGCAAAAGAGGGCAACAACAAAAAGUCUAACAUAGACUGGGUUCGAUCAACUUUCGAAACUACAGUGAUAUACCUAGUUUAUCUAUGAGAUUAACACUACUCGAACGUAAGCAAUAAUAGUAGAAAGGUAUUUUUCUACAAAGAUGGACGAAUGAUCCCAUUAACCCAAAAAAAAAAUCUAAAUCUCUCUUCGACCUUCGACAUUAUUCAAUGUUUUAUUUGAUUAUUCUUUAGCAAACAAAUUGUUAUUGCUGAAACAAAAAAAAUAUCCUGAAAGCUGUGUAUUAACAAUUGUCUAGUCUCCAAGAAGCAAAUCAACAUUCAUAUUUUUCGAAAAGAUUUCACACAUUUUAUUAAAGCAAAUGCGGAUUGAAUCCGUAUGCAAUCCUAGUUUCACUUGGACUCGAUUUGGUUGUUUGGCGUAGGUAAACAUGCUUUGAAUUUUACUGUUGUAUUUGUCUUUUGAUCAUUUUGUUUAAUUUUUAUACUGAUUCUAUUUAUUUCAUCUCCUCCCUUAAUACCAUUAUUAUUAUUAUGAUUAUUAUUAAUAUAUUAAAACGAAACUUAUAAAUGUUAUUUAAUUUUGUUCGCUAAUUUAUAUAGGUAUUUAUAAUGUCCAACAAAAACAAAAAGUGUCGUGUUUGUCUCCUAAAUUUUCAACUUUCAAAAACAUGCUAGAACUGAUCAAACCAAAACUGAUUUAACAAACGUUGAGAAGAUGGCUCACCCUCCUUAUUUGUCUUUCUCAACUGCUGCACUGAAUUGAUGGUUGCUGAAACGCAAUGUAACAGCUUCACGGCGAAGGUUAUAGGAAAACGAAAAGAUUAUAUGUCAAUUUACGAGAAAAAAUAAUCAAAAGUUUUCGUUGUCUGAGAAAAAGAAAAAGCAGUACUAUUUACCAUUUAUUCAAACCAGUCUCUAUUUACAUUUAUACCCUCACAAAAGCAGUUAGAAAAAAAAUCUAGAAAAUGAGCUUAACCAAGUGUACUACCGAUCGCGAAACGCGAUCAGGAUGAGAGGGUCUACUAAUAAAACGAGAUUUAUUUUUUUGUA